AUGAAAGCUUACGCGAUCAAGGGAACGGACGAUUUCGAGGCCGGAGAUAACGAAGUAGGCGAGAGUGAGAUGGUUGAUCUCCUGUGUUUGGUAAUGGUAAGGGAGGAAGAUGAAGGUGAUUCUUCAUCUGAUGAAGUUGGGUCCCAAUUCGGUGGUGGAGGUGGUGCUGCUGUCGAUGUAGUCAGGGAGGUUUGUGACUCUUCACUCACAACGGACUAG